CCGCUGCAUCUUGAUUCUUCUCACACCACAUGCCAAAUGGCUUAUGCUAUCUGGUCGCUUGCAAAACACACAAUUACAUCGUCGUACCACCUCAGAAUUUCUAUCAUGUUUCUCCUCGGUGUAUUGAGCCUUGAAAAGCAACCGCAUGGUCCACAGACCUAGGACUCUCUAUGCGAUCACCAUCAUCUCAAUAUCAAUCGUCCUCGUCGCGAUACUCUUCCAACCAUUCCCAAGUUCUACACUUCACCAGCAAGAGUAUCCCACCAUCAUUCCACGCCCUUCGGUCAAGAGAUUCCUCCUCUCCCUCUUCAAACCUCCCUCCUCCUCCCCGACAACCAUGGCGUGGCGCAGCUCCGGCCGCACCAACGCCGAACUCAUCACCAACCUCUUCAACGCCGGGCUCAUCACCUCCCCCCGCGUCCGAGAAUCCAUGUCCUCGGUCGACCGGGCUCACUACUGCCCUUCAAGUCCGUCGGCGGCGUACGAAGAUUCCCCUCAACCCAUAGGCUUCUCGGCCACCAUCAGCGCACCCCACAUGCACGCCUCGGCGGCCGAGUCCUUACUCCCCUUCAUGCCCGAGUCCGGGGCGGCCAACGUCCUCGACAUCGGCUCCGGGAGUGGCUACCUCACUCACGUCCUGGCGAACCUGGUCUGCGGCGCGGACGGCAAGGGUGACGGCCACGUCGUGGGGAUAGACCACAUCCAGGGUUUGGUCGACAUGAGCCGGGAAAACAUGAGGCGGUCCGAGGAAGGCCGCCGGCUUCUGGACACGGGAAAGGUCGAACUCGUCGUGGGCGACGGACGCAAAGGUUACCCCAAGGGGGGUCCCUACGACGCGAUCCACGUCGGCGCCGCCGCGACCGAGCUGCACCAGAGUCUGGUCGACCAGUUGAAAUCCCCGGGUAGGAUGUUCAUCCCCGUGGAAGACAAAGAUGGCUGGGGUAGCCAGUGGAUCUGGGUGGUGGAUAAAGACAAAGAUGGAAAAGUCACGAAAAAGAGGGACAUGGGAGUUCGUUACGUCCCACUUACGGAUGCACCCAAAUGAACUAAUUCGGCGACGAAACGAUUCUGUGGAGAAGGAGAUUGGGAGUUGUCGUGCUCCGAAAGACUUCGAAUACGGCUACACGAACAAAACCCCUACGGAGCACCUGGCAAAUCAAAUCUGGGCUGGGCAUGUCGGUACCUCGCGAUGACCUGCUGGCUUGGUUGGGGUUUGCAGACUCUGGGUUGUGCUCGUGGUUUCAUCUGCCGUUCGGCAUGGUCACACUGGUAAGCGACUUGUCUACCUCCGUCACCGUGCUUUGCUAUGUCGGAUGUGCACCGUGGAGCAAUGCUGAGUGUGGUUCCUCAACAAUCGAUUCAGCCAGAUGAUGGAUCUCGAGGAUACAACGUUCAAUCUAAUUAUAUCAAGUAGUCGAUGUUUUAUUGCCAUCAGCAUCAUAUUGAGCAAUAUAUAUCACAAGCCAAACUUGCCUACUGUGACGAUAGAAGAGUUCGUCCGUUGCCCGCUGGUAGUCACGGCUUCCGCCUGCACUGACUGGCAUUUCUGUGGGAUGUUGACGGCGGUUUCGAAUCCAGCCCACCGCACAGUAGCCUGUUUCGAAAAUCCUCCACCAUUCGGCUGGCCGCAAUACACAGACCAUUCGGCGAGGUCGGUGGCGCCAUUCCAACUCAUGUACACAUCCGUACCCUCGCCCUCGAAAGCGACCACUCUUGGGGGAGUCGCAGGUCUUCCCGUCCAAGGGUAGCGAUAGGCUCGGUAGGACUGCUGCAGGUAGUAUGUACCAAAAGUGAUCAGCAUUGCAAUGUUGCCAUCCGCAUCAUACUCCUCGACAACUGGCACAGCACCGUGGCCCAGCAGGACAUGUCCGUCGGAUAAAUCCUGAUAGCUCCCUUGAGAGACUGCAAACACUGGGCCGGUCGGGUUUGACAAGGACCGAUUCACCGUGACCAGCUUGGUAGACAUGUCGAGAUCCAACGACAACCCCCGUGUCAGGGUAUUGUUGUCGUACUCCGUAUCUCCAUUGUCAUGCAGGGUGAUGGUCAUUCUGUCGGCGUCUUGAUAAGCGAUUCGGGCAUCGUGCUGGUAGCAGAAACGAGUGUUUUCGCCGAGUCUGAAGUCGCCACCAUUCUGUCCCUGGGAGUAGAUCAGCUUCUAGGGACACAAAGCCGGGCUCGAACUCUCGGUAACUUACAGAAAGGGUCCAGAGAACAUUGCCUCCGGCGUCAAUGUAGAAGAGACUGCACAGUAGCCGGGAGGAAAUCAGGUAGUCGUUCCCAUACUUUUUCACCGAGUUGAUAUGGAAGUAGCCCCACGGAUGUUCGAACGACGUCCCGUUGCCAGAGAUGAGACUCUCAAGUGGAAGAAGGCUGUGAUUAAGCGGGAUCUGGUCGACGUGCUCGACACUGCUCCACCGAAAAACGACCUUGUUGGAAGGGAUCUCGAUCUCGUAGAAUUGACUGUCUAUGACAUAUCCAUCGCCGGGGCCACCGACGGCCGUCAUGUCUGCCGUGGUGAUGUUGACCGCCGUCACUAAUAUUGUCUGAUUGUCCGUGACCUCACUCUCAUGGAAAUCCAUGUACGACGAAUGUUUGAUGUGAUCAAAGAUCUGAAAGCUCUCCUCCAAGGUCACGUUGUAGAUGUUGGUGUAGCUAUCGUCAAAAACCUGGAUGGUUCCCCAACCGAGUCCUUCAUUGUAGACGGGUCCGACCCAAUUGAAGAGGAGAGUCUGAUUGCGAACCUUUUGUGGCCGUAGAGGCCCGAUGGGCCAGACGCUGG